AUGCGUUCCAUUAUAAAACCUACUUAUCUUAUUGCCACUACGAUACUUUGUACAGCACCUGCGGCCAUUGCUAUUCCAUUCCAACAACAGGUUUUGACAAAUGGUAUCAAUGCGGCUUAUGUGACUCCAGGGCUUGGAGUCGAGUUUGAAGUUAUUUCAGUCUCAUAUGAUUCCACUAAGAAAGUCUGGGAUGCUUUUGAUACUCUUGAAAGAGAGGCUCUGAAGGGUAAAAAGGUCACACCUCAAGGAUUUUCUGGCGGUCCUCAAACUAACUGGAAGCUUACCGCGGAGAUCUCGCCCCAAAAUCUGAUAACGGAGAUCAUAGUCGACGGCGAACAGAAUAAAGUCGGUGCUGGCACAUCAGCUCUCAUUGGCGGAGAGAUUGCCAACUACAUGACAAACUGGUGGGCGCUUUGUGGCGGUGGGGGGUGCCUCGCCGACGUCCAGGGCGACCCGGUGGCAGCCAAUCCAUGGAAAGUCAAAUGGCGAUUGGCGAUUGAUUCGCCCUUGUUUGUUUUUUACCCUCAAGUUACCACCGCGAUGCCCAUGGAGGGCGUUCUCCAAGUUCUCGAGGAUUCCAAAAUCCAGAAUAAGGGCAACAUCUUGAUCAACCAAGGGUCAGAUUAUAAUACACAAAUCAUUCUUCUGACGGCAGAAAGUUUCGGGGCUUUCAAAGCUAUUCGGCGGGAGGACAUCGACGCUGAAUUCUUAGGCUUUUUCUCCCUACUGACUAGCUACUGCGCUAUUGCUUCGGAAGGGAAACCCGAGCAUGGGCCGAAGCGUGGGCUGAAUAUUAUGCCACGUACCAACUUCCUUACCAUGUAUAAAGCAUUUGCUUCGCAUAAGCUUCAGGCGCAAUUUGCCCAAGGCACCUCUUUAUACGACAUUGUUCGCGAGCUCGCCUCAAAGGGGUCCAACGGCAAGCAGACCAUUGAGGGCAAGAAGUUCAAAUGGCUACCAGAAGAUUUGCGGCGGGACAUCGUCGAGGAAUGGCCCGGCAAGGCGGCCGCCAGGGCAAGUGGAAAUCUGCCGGUCAAGGAAUUUCUAGACACACUCCAACCAUUGCCUCCAAGCACAUUACAACUCGACUUGUUGAUGUUAAUGGAUGAGAUGGUUCGACAUGGCCAGAUCGGAGGCUUAGGGGAUCGCAUGGAAGGCGUCUAUGGAGCAAGUGAAAAACCGGCCCCAAUCUUCGAGUUUCGUGAUCUUAUGCCCGUCAAAAAGGGUGAUCUUGCUACACGACUAGAGCAAUUCGAUCAGCAAGUAGUUGCCCUCCAUAGAAAAGUCACUCAUCCUACUCUCGAUCGACAAGAAACAGGGCAGAAGAGCAAUGCCAAAAGCGAACAUCAAGACCAAAAGUUCAAGACUACUGAGGGCACGGUGCCCCCGCCCGCCAAACAACACAGCUGUGAAACAGAGACAGAGGCUGAGAAGCCUAGACAAGGGGUUACACCACCAAAGGACGAAUCGUGGUGGCUGCUGUCUGUCAUCCGUCACUACAGUGGCCCUUCCAAAUGGUUUCCUACCGAGCUCUGA